CUUUAUUUGUCAGACCAACACACACACGUACAUCUAAAUGAGUUUCCUAUUCGCCUCAAAGGUCGAUAAUCUGCAUGGAACAGUUCUUUUUUUUCUUCUGUUGUUGGGAGUUAGUAGAAGUGACGACUUUAUCGCCAAGUAUGAUAAAUACAAUACCGUCUGUAGAAGAAUGGGAUAUCAAGAUAAACAGUGUGAAGAAAGAGAUGUAGUUGCAUUUCAUGCACGACUGUCAAAAGAUCAGAAGAAUUUAAAAGGAAAGGACAUCGUUGUUUUCGGUACCGUUACAUUAAACACCGCAAAAGCUUAUAACCCUACCACGGGCAAAUUCACCGCUCCAAACAAAGGUCACUAUUCUUUUACGUGGACUAUUGCAUCUAGCCCAGGAGCUAGGUUCAGUACGCAACUCGUCAUAAAUAGCAAACCUGUAAGUUACUGUCAUGUCGAUGGGAAAACAGGGGGAAACAACUAUGAGACUGGAUCAUCAACCGUCAUCCUUAAAAUGGAGAAAAACGACGUGGUAUCAAUAUUAGUGUAUGGUGCUGGGGAGCUGGCUCUUUGGGAUUGGUCUUCUUUCUCGGGUUUUAAAUUGUAAAGCAGACUUUUGAUUUCCUUUUAUACGCAUAGCAAUAAACGAUAAA